ACCUAGAGAGGUGAAUAGGUGGCAUGCUGUUUACAAAGAUAUGAAAAGUUGGCAACGUUUUGCAUGUACAUGGUAGAUUUACUUCCUCUUAGGAAAAGUCGUGAAAUAACAAAGACGUAGGUUACAACGUCUGUGUCUGCGUGCUGUUAUAGUAUAUGCAUUCUACUCUAACGACAUGUUAAUGACAUCGGCGUCGAACCCCCUAAUAAAAACUUUAUAUACCGAUAUGUGAACAUUUCAUUUAUGGCGACACACUGUGAAGGUGCAAUAUGUGUUUGUGUGGUGUGUAUUUUAUGCUUUCAGACAGUUGAAUCACAAGAUGGUUGGUUCGGACCAAACAAAGAGUUCAAAUGUCACUGUGAGUCAAGUUGUAUCUCUGAUGGUACUUGUCAGGGUAAUGGAAAGUGUGCCAGAGUCUGGUUUGGUCUGAAAUGUCAGCAUCACGAUCUUACAGUUCUGGACAACACAGCAACAUCACCGAGUAUAAACAUACUUACAGACAGAGAUGACAGUACAUGUAUGAGUUUGUCUGGCCAAAGCAUUGUCAUUAGUUUUAAUAGAACCUAUGUUUUUACUUGGGUGAGACUGACUGUACAAGACAUUGCUGACAUAUCAAGAUCUAAAUUACAGUUUAGUAAAACUACAUCGAUAACUUCCAAAAUUGAUUGUCUAAAUUUGAAAUAUUUCCUUGUGGACAAUUCUACACUUGACAUACAAUGUGAUCUGACAGAAGCCAUUCAAACUGUUAUCCUCACUGGAACAGGACAAACAUCGCUUUGUUCAUUGUAUAUAAAUGGAGGUCGUAACGUCGCACUGAAACAAAGGGCCAGGCAAACGAGUACUUAUGCGAACUUAAUUUUAUAUGAUGCUUCUAAUGGUAUAGACGGCAAUACAAAUUCCAAUAUUGGUGUCGGAAGCUGUACACACACAGAACAAGAACUUAAACCAAUGUGGACUGUGACUUUCCCAUUAUCCGAGAUUACGAGAUAUGUGAUAUACAACAGAGACUCUAUCAUGGAUCGACUUGCCAAAUUUACUUUAGUCGGAGAAAAUUCUGUCCAGGAAAGGUUUGACUAUAAAGACUCCUCUGAUACUGGAUUGCCUGUGUAUAUUGUUAUAGACGCUGCUAAACAUAACUUAACAAAAGUCAACAUAAACUCUUCAACUGCGUAUUUAACACUAUGUGAAGUGGAGAUUUAUGGAGAAUGUCCGGCUGGUACCUAUACAACAUCAGAUCUUCACUGCACCAACUGCCCAGCAACAUGCCCAACCAGUUGUCAUCGUGACAGUGGCUCUUGUAGCGUUUGUUUUAAUUACAGCAACCCACCAGCUUGUACUGUGGUGUGUUCAACAGGUCGAUUUGGAAUCAACUGUACACAAACAUGUCCAAGUAAUUGUUUCGGUAACAUCUGUGAUCCAGAGACUGGACAAUGUUCUAAAUGCACACCUGGAUUCUAUGGAGGCUCUUGCGAUAAAGUUUGUGAAGAGUUCUUUUGGGGUCAAAAUUGCAGUCAAACUUGUAACCCCAACUGUCAAGCUAGAUUAUGUCAUUACAUCAAUGGAGAAUGUAUCAGAGGAUGUGUUGCAGGCUUCGUGUCUCCAGGCUGCAAGCAAGCAUGUCCUGCUGGUCAGUGGGGUGUAAACUGCACAAACUCUUGUAGUGUAAAUUGUUAUGGUCAAUCGUGUGACAAGACAACUGGGAUUUGUGACAAGGGAUGUCAAGGCUUCAGUGACCCGCCUAGCUGUACAACAGAAUGCGCUAAAGGCAACUGGGGGCCUAACUGUCAGUUCAACUGUAGAAACAAUUGUUUUAACUUGUCCUGUGAUAGCCAGACGGGAAAAUGUGACAGCGGAUGUGAUGGGUUCAUGGAUGCUCCUGAUUGUACUGUAGAAUGUAAAACUGGAAAAUGGGGACGUAACUGCGUAAAUGAGUGUAGCUCUAAAUGCAAAGACCAAUCAUGUGACAGAGUUACUGGACUUUGUGACUACACUUGUGACAGUCUUACAAAUCUAUCCUGUCCUGCUGAUUGUCCAAAAGGCUAUCACGGUUCCAACUGCACUCUAGACUGUUCCUCCACCUGUAAAGAUCUGUUAUGUAAUAGACUUGGCUACUGUAUUGCAUGUGUUUCUGAUUACACAGGAUCUUACUGUGAGAAAGUGCAACUCGGUCUAGCAUCAGAGACCAGCGGUCUAACAUUUUCAUCAGGUGUUGGUAUUGGAGUAGCUGUUGGUGCUCUGGUUAUCAUCUUGGUUGACGUCGUAAUAGUUAUUAUAUGCAGAACCAGGCUUACAACAUUAAGACCCAAAAGCAAUGACGACUUAAAACCUGCAACUCGACUACAGAAUUAUGAUGGCGUCAAACAAAUAAAUGAAUACAACCACUCUUACGAACCUUCUAGAUCUACUUUUGAAGAAACUGUCAAGACGCAUAAAAAACAGGAUCGAGAAGCCAACAAAACAGUACAGUAUGAGAACACUUCAAAUACAGUUUAUGAGACAAUUGGAUAGGUCUCAAAUUGUCAAGUUCAAACUUUACUUCAUUACUUGUAAACUUUAUUUUCAAAAUGAGUUUGUCAUUUUCACUGUCGUGUUUAUGUUUCUAAUGUUAUCACUGCGUCUUGAGUCUACAUCAUUUUUGUUAACAGUGCUUUAGAAAUUAAAUUUAACUAUUAUUAUUAAU